GAGCCCAGAGCACUUCACAUCCAAGUAGACGAACUGAAGGACAGGAGAAGAGCUGUUGGAGCUGAGACCAAGCAGAAGCAGCAUCAUCAUCAUCAUCAUCAGAAGCAGCAGCAGCAGCAGCAGCAGCAGCAGCAGCAGCUCCACACCCUCCUGGAGCCCGUCAGCAGCAGUCGGACCCCUCGCCCCAUGGACUAGAGCCUCCGCUGCGGCGUUCCCUGUGACUCUGCGCGUUGGUCCUCUCAGCGAGAUGCAGGCACCGCUGGCGUGUGUGCUCCUCCUCUGCUUCACAUGUGGUGGACUCUGCACAGAUGUGGACCAGGAGCAGCGAGCGCUGGAAGAGGAGCUCCUCAGCAGCCUCUUCACCUCUAAGAUGAAACAGAACAAGCAGAGCGCCCCCUACUGGCGCACGUCGCUCUCCAGCCUGUGCCGGCUGCUCAGCAGCCUGCGGCAGGAGGCGUGGAGCUCCGAGGAGCAGGAGGAGGGCGAGCGGGCGGCGGGGAGCGUGCGGCUGCUGGAGGAGCUCUACAGCCUGCAGCACCUGUGCCGAGCGCUGCAGAGCCGGGAGGAGCGGCUACUCCGCGACUCGCUAGAAAGCGCGGAGGAGAACAGCGAGACCCCGCUGAAGCGGAAAUCCCCCUACAUCCUGAAGAGACAAGCAGCGCACACCACCAAGUCCCGGAGGCCGUACAUCUUGAAGCGAAGUCCGGGCUUCUGACGGGACGGAACCUUUGACUUCCUGUGAAGACGUGGCCGUGUCUCCUUUCUCUCCUCGGUUCUUUGUCCAGCGUUGAGGCCUCUCUGUACUUUACUCCUUUCAAGUUUAGGUCCAGGAAAUAACAUCCUGAGCAUCAUCAAACUGUGCAUCUGCGAGAAACUAUAUUUAUUUACUCUAUUUAUUCACUGCACACUGAGUCUAUUUUGUUUGAGGAUAUGAUUAAAGGAUUCAUGAUCCAAACCUGG